AUGGUGUUCUACACCUGCGGAGCGGGCGACGGAACGAGCAGCGACUGCGGCAUCGACACCGACGUCGCCACGAAGAUCGAGUGCUGCCAGGUGGAGGAAGGGACCCUCACGUCCGACACGUGCAAAGAGAAGACCGGCGGCGCCGGAACGACCCUGGAUUGCGACUACAACCAGUUCCUGCAAGGCGUCUGCGGCUCCGUGUCCGGCACCAGCUGCACCGGCUCCAGCCACUCCAUCGAAUGCUGCAACUACUACUUCGAAGACACCUGCUCCACGAUCGACCGCAAGUUGUACCAAGUGGAGAGGAUGAUCGAGGAUUCCCCCAAUGGUUUCGAAUCACAGUAA